AUUACGUGGGUGAAAAAAAAAAAAAAAGAAAAAAAAAAAAAAGUUGGGUCUUGAUUUGCUGGAAUCGCGCAGGAGCGAAGGUGCACCGGUCGAUUUCAUAUCAAGUUUGGUUAAAGCAGGGGUGAACAUCACACACUCGGCGCCCUCUGAAGCUCCCCCACAAUGCUUUUAUGAACGAGAUAUCUCACAGCAACCGAGACGCGCGCACACACACACGCAGCCCGUGUAUAGUAGAGGGAGUACUAAACAGCUCGCACUGGCUCUACGAGUAGAUUCUCUGCAAAGUGCAUGUCAACUUUAAAGUAUACUGCGUAAAAUCUGCCCUUUUCUCUGCGGAGACGACAAUCUUUGGAUCGCGUCAAUUCAUGGAUGUUCUUGGAUAAUCUCUCGUUGUUUUACGCGGAUAGCUGCUCCAACACUCUUGCACGGUGCACAUCGGUCCAGGAAUGGCGCGAUAAAGUGAUCAGAGGAAUCAGUCCAAGUACAUUCACUUCUUGUGUAGCCGUCUCGCCAUGUAUUCUCCAAUUUGUCUCACUCAGGAUGAAUUUCAUCCCUUCAUCGAGGCACUUCUCCCUCACGUCCGUGCCAUUGCCUACACGUGGUUCAACCUCCAGGCCAGAAAACGCAAGUACUUCAAGAAGCACGAGAAGCGGAUGUCCAAGGACGAGGAACGUGCGGUGAAGGAUGAGCUCCUGAGUGAGAAGCCCGAGGUUAAGCAGAAAUGGGCAUCCAGGCUGCUGGCCAAGCUGCGAAAGGACAUUCGGCAGGAGUACCGGGAGGACUUUGUCCUCAGCGUGACGGGCAAGAAGCACCCGUGCUGCGUGCUAUCCAACCCGGACCAGAAGGGCAAGAUCCGCCGGAUCGACUGUUUGCGGCAGGCAGACAAAGUUUGGCGACUGGACCUGGUGAUGGUCAUCCUCUUCAAAGGCAUCCCUCUGGAAAGUACAGACGGGGAACGCCUUGUCAAGUCUCCACAUUGCACCAACCCAGCACUUUGUGUCCAGCCACACCACAUAACAGUAUCGGUCAAGGAGCUGGACUUGUUUCUAGCAUACUAUGUCCAGGACCAAGACUCGCAGCAGUCAGGAAGUCCCAGUAACAAUGAGCCAGGCAAGAACCCUCUUCCAGUCUACUUGGAAGACAGCUUCAUCAAAUCAGGAGUCUUCAGUGUUACAGAACUGGUGCGAGUGUCCAGAAUGCCCAUCACCCACGGUGCUGUAAACUUCUCCAUGGCCGACAUGCCCAGCCAACCCUACUAUCACGACCUGAACUCCAGCGUGGGGCUGCAUCGCUCCCUGUCCUCCCCUCCUGGCAGCAAAAGGCCCAAAACUGUCAGCAUGGACGAGAAUAUGGACACCAGCCCAACAGGGCCUGACUUCUACUCGUCACCCAGCUCACCGGCCAGCAGUCGGGCAAACUGGCACGAUCGAGAUGGAGCAGACAUGUCCUCUCCCACCAUGAAGAAGCCAGAGAAGCCGCUGUUCAGCCCCACCUCCCCGCAGGACUCCUCACCACGACUCAGCACUUUCCCUCAGCCUCAUCACCCAGGCCUAACAGGUGUAGGACACAGUGUUAUAUCGACGAGGAGCCCCCCUCCACACUCGCCUCUGCAGUUCUCGGCCUCUGCUAUCUUGCCCCCAGCGCCGUCACCCUACUUCUCGCACACCACCAUCCGCUACCCGCCCCACCUCAACCCUGCUGAUCCCCUCAAGACCUACGUGCCGUCAUACGACCCGUCCAGCCCACAGAGCAGCCAGCCUAACAGCAGUGGUCAGGGGGUAGGAAAGGUCCCAGGCCACUUCACCCCUGUUCUGGCUCCCUCCCCACACCACGGCACUGUGCGACCCGUCUCGCUCUCUAUGCCCGACACCAAGCCCAUCACUACAUCCACAGAAGGCUACUCAGCCCCUGGCACCCCGACGGCUAACCGUUUCGUAGGCCUGAGCCCGAGAGAUCCCGCCUUCCUCCACCAGCAACAGCUGAGGAAGUGUGACUGGAGCGUGACUCAAAACGGCAGGCAUUAUGGCCCCAGUGCCACUGACGACACUUUGGGGAUUACUUGGCAAAGUCCUGGUACCUGGGCGAGCUUAGUUCCAUUCCAAGUGUCGAACGGGACUCCGAUUCUGCCAACAAAUGUCCACCAGAACUACAGCAUAAACAUCAUUGGUGAGCCCCUGGUCCCCGCUGAGACAGGGAACUGAACACACAGAGGCCGGAUGACCCCCAGGGUGGAUGGGUGUUGGUGGUGCAGAGCUAGCACUACAGGUGUCCGCAGCCAUGGAUGAAACCAGCAAAGCAGCACGAGCUGCACAAUCGUCCCCCCAACCCCCCUCACCCCACUUCCUGAUCUCACCCCUUCCGACUCCCACUCCCACACCCUCCCCAUGAAGGACACUGGCCGUGAAGUGAAGACGAGGGUUGGUUCAGAGGAAAGAGAAAAAAAAAGAGAAAAGCUUCAGGUCUGCUGUCUCCUCGCCCAAGCCCAGCCCACACAUCCACCACCCACCAGUCAGUUGUUGUGUUUGCAGAACUUUUCAAUCCAUUCAAAUACUGUGAUGUAUAGAUGCCUUAAUGUUUUAUUGCAUGACACUCUAGUCUCUUAGCGGCAAUUCCUACUAUUUUUCCAUGUUGGGGGAAGAUGUAAAAUCUUGAUCUUGAUGACACACAUAUACACACACACACACACCUACACACACACAUAUACACACACAAGUGAAGAGGUCUGCGUAUCGACAACCUCUGCCUGGUGGAUGGCUCCGAGACUCGAAGCUCUCCGACUCAAACCUCUUGAAAAGAGGCUUUCCCACGUCAAACGAUUCACUGUGUGCACCAUAGCAACAACACAAAAAGAAAAAAAAAUUGUGAAUUCAGAGUGUUCCUUCUUCCGUUUGAUUUUCAGUUUACUGUGAUACGACUCUUUGUUCAGAAAAAUGUGUGACUUUUGCUUAUUCUUUACUGCUACUUAACUUCAAGAAUUAACGUAAACACUUUCUGUAAGAGUUGAGAACUCUUGAUGCGGUUUUCAAAAAACACUAAAUGUUAGGCUUUGAGAUUGGACCCCUCAUUAAAGAAUUUGCAGCUCCUUUUUUUUAAAUGGAAAAAAAAAAAGACGGAGAAUAGGAAAAUCUCGAUAGAGGCAAGUGCAAUUGAAUUUUUGAAGGGAAGCUAUCAGUCUGUCAGCCCUAAGACUCUAAAGGAAGGGGAAUAAAUAUUAAACGGAUUUAUGGGUAAAAUGUUUAAGAAAACAUUUCAAUUUGAUUUCAGUCACAUAUCCGUCUCCUCACAUGAGAAAAACAUCAAACGUGAAAGGCAGUUGAAGGCAAGCACUAAGCUACCUGUGCAGCGCUUAGCAAAACCAGCACUUCUUUUGAGCCCUUCCCAUCAUUAUGGGGAGUUGUUUAGUUUUGUUUUGUUUUUUUAAUUUAUUUUGGGGGAAAUAGAAAAAAAUAACCGAACAUAAGCAAAGAAUUGAGACGCACAUAGUGUGUCAAAGUGGCAUUUCAUUUUUAGUUUUUUUUUUCCUUUUUUUUUAAUCUUUAUAAAUGUUCACGAUACGAUCAAGAGCAUAUGCAUUUGGCCAUCAGCUUCUAAAGCUUAUGUUUACAACAAAACACAAAAAAAACAUGGAAUGCAAAGUGUUAAUUCAUGGAAAUGUACAAUUCAUGCAAAUGUACAGUAGGCUUAUGUGUAAAGCUAGUUUGUGCAAGGUUAACUCUACAGUGGAAGAGGUUUGAAAACUGAAAUUAUGAAUGCAGGUGGUGGCAAAUCCCUGAAAUCUAGAAUUGUGCACGGCAUGUUCACAGCCAUUGCCUCUCCAGUCCAGACAUAUUUAUACAAGGAAAAAUCUCUCCAAUACUCUUAAUUUGCACGAUGACAUAUAGUCCACAUUACGUGCCUUGCCUUUGAAUAUAGAGACAUCACUACAAUUGUUUUUGCUGCAUUUAUCAUUAUAGAAAAAAAAAUUAACAUUUUUAUGAUAAGAAUUGUUUUGUACUCUGAAUGAAAUUGUUGAUUUUUAACUUCAUGUACUACUCUAUCUCACAGUUACAUUGCAUAUCAAGGCUGUGUAUAGUUGCCGUUUUAAAGUUUGUAAUCAACCAGCAUUUUUUUUUUUUUUUUUUUUUUUUUUUUUGGUUUUUCUAAUAACCUGUCAUCUUUUUGUUUUCCUUAUUUUUCAAUGCUCAUUUUGUUCAUCUUCCAGUUACUAUUGUGGAGGGUGGAAAUUCAGAAUUAUGAAAAUUAUGCAAUACCAAGUUUUGCCUAUGUAGGUAGUGCUUAUAGAUGCGUCAAUUAUUAGAGGCUAGUUUGGAGAUAGACAAUAUUGUAAUGCAUUUAUUUUGUUGAUAUCGUUGUUUGUCGUUGUUGUUGUUGAUGAUGUUGUUGUUGUUGUGGGUGUUUUCCUUUUUUAUUGACCAAAGUGGGGACUGCUUUCUAUGCAGUGUAUGACAAGGUCUUUUUUUUUUUUUCUUUCUUUCUUUAGCAUAUAGACCUACCGAAUGACGGUGAGACGCGUUCCGGUGUAUUUUGAAUUCGGGAGUUUUAGGGGGAGGGGCGGUAUUUUUCUAGAAGUACUUAUAUAUAUAAAAAAAAAGUGCACCCUUGGUCUUUCUACGGCUGCAAAGUCACUGAUUGGUCUACUGUGACUCUUACUUUCAACUUUCCACCUGGGGUGCUAGCAUGUGACCUUGAAGGAGCUCAUUUUUUCACAGGAGAGACGGCUUGACUUGAGUAUGACAAUCAUUUUAAGAAAUCAUUUUUUGCGUAGAAUCCCACUCUGUCGUAGUUCCCUUGACGCUGCAACGGAUAGCGCUGCAUGCUUUUGUCGAAAAACACUACGCCGUACUAUACUAGACGUCACCGAAUGCAAUUCCCAAGUAGAUGCCUUAAACACAUCAGUGAAGUGGCCUGUGACCUGCGCAACAAUCACACACCGACUAAUGCUAGUGAGACCUGUCCAAAUCAGUUGCAGACAGGCUCAAGCAAGCCUUUAGAAAGUAUUUUAUAAGUAGUAGAUUUGUAUAAAUGUAUAUACGAUACGCAGUUAUGUCGAAUCCUGAGAUAUGUCCCCAGCAGAGCCCCGUAGAGUAUGUUAAAGUAAAUAUUGGACUAGAGAAGCUUUCUAACUUCCUGUCCAGUGGCCCAGUAGAAGAAGCUUAAAUAGAAUCCACUAGAAGAAAAACAUAGCACUUAAAUAGCACAUAGGCAAUCGUCUUCUUCCCCCGUACAGUGUGUUGAACCUAGUCUUAAACUAAAUCUCUCAGGCGUAUUGCAGGGCAUUAUUUAUAUCAAUCAUUCUCUCACCAUUUCUAAUGUAAAAAUAAAGAAAUAAAGACUUUUCUCACACAGAGAGAGAGCGGCGCCUCCAUUGCUGCUAUGACACCUUUUGCACUCUUUCCCUACAAUCGUGAAAGAAAUGUUUCCCUCGGAGAGACGGUACUACCAGGAGCUCUCCGCCGUGAGCAGAGGGCUGAGAAGCAGAACAACGUUUUUUGAAAAAAAAUAAUCCUCAAGUCAAGCUCAAUCUCUCCGUCUUCACCCAGAUUUCUUAUGCAGAAAACAAAUUGAAAAAGUCACCCCGUUCUAUGUGCACUGUUCUGUCUUUUUUUUUUUUGGUUUUGUUUCUUUUUAUUCUUUUUUUGUUUCUUUUAAAAGAAAAACUAUAAGUGCUUUGCAGCCUUUGGCCAUUGGAGACCCCACUGAAGUGCAUUGUCCCCAAGUGUGUUUGUGAGUGGGUGUUUGUGUGUGUGUGUGUGUGUGUGUGUGUGAGCGUGCUAAAAAUGUGUCAGGGUCACUGUGCUGUUGGUGUUUAUUUGAAUAGGAGACUGUACAUAAAGGUAAAUAUCCUGAUUGCGUCGAUAGCAGUAGUCUGUGGGGUUGAACUCUGCUUUGGCAGCUUGGGUGUUCGUGCGCAUGCGAGCGUGUGUGUGUGUGUGUGUGUCUGUGUGUGAGCUGGAUGCGUGAUCGAGUGCCUCUGACACUACACAAUGAGAAAAGAUGAGGGUCUUUCUAUUGAAAAAAAAAAAAAGCCUGCCGUAGGACAGGAGUUUGUACACUGUAAACUUUCUCGAGAGUUCUUCUCUUAGCCCUUAUUUGUAAAUCUUCAAUUCUGGGGGGAAAAAAUGAGUCAAUUCCAUUUUAGGAAAAAAAAAAUCAAUUUGGGUUUUUUUAUUUGUUUCGGAGGCUGGAUUUGAGUUAGAACUCUCCAGGUUUCCCCCGAUUAGUAGAAUCUAAAGUGUUUUCAUCAGUUGUUGUAUUCCUGUAUGUAUAGUCAAAAAAGGGGAGAAAUAUUCUAUACAGAUCCUUAAAUAUAAAAAAAAACAACAACAGUGAAGGCUUUUUUUUAUUAUUAAUAUUAUUAUUUUUGAUCUUGGUUAGUGCUUAGAUAUUUCCAUUUGGGAAACACAUCAUGAAUAUUUGAAUUGUUGUCCUUUCAUUAGUGUGGCCAUAGCGAGUGUGAUGUGAUUUAUCUCAUUUUUUUUGGAAAUGGGUGUGAAUUCUUGUCCAACAAGAUCGUGGUGUGAGUGUGUUCCUUGUAGCAGCUGGGAGGUGAUGUCACUUAACCAGUAGAAAAAAAAAAGGCCCCAGAUUGCACCUGACCUUAAGCGAGAAGCAGGGUAAAAUCUGCAGUGACAAACGUCCUCAAUCAGAUUUCUUUUUUCUUUCUUUCUUUCUCGUUUGUUUUGUUUUCACAUAAAAUGUUGCAAGACGAUUGGUGCUACAUUUCGACGUUGUUCAGAUUCGGCCCGGCCAACGAUGAGCCGUCUACUUCGCUAAUAUGCAGACGACACUCUAAAAAAGAUCUCUAAAGAUCAGCAAAAGCAUCGAGGCAUCACUCAUUUUUGCACAUUAGACAUGCUGUCUAUGCCUGAUGUGAUGUAGGAAACCCUUCAUCCACACUACAAACCAACAUUACAUUAAGUGCAGGUGCUUCAGAAUAGGGUACUGUACCUUCCAGCUGAUAAUAGGUAGUGUAUUUUUGGAAUGGUUACGUAUUUCUGUUGCCUAGCUAGGUGUGAAUGUAGCCUGUCAAAAAAAAAAAAAAAAAAGCUCUUGAAACUUUAUGAAAUUUGAAUCAGUGUUCCACUCAUCAGCAGCUUCAAGAGCCGUGUUCAAGGAAGACUUUUACACUUACAACGACCUUAUUUUAGAAAGUAUUAUGUCAGUGAUCGCUGCGAUCAUCGAGAAAAAGAAAAAAAAACAGGACAACUUUAUGCAAGGAGGACCUGUGGCACUCAUGCAAUAUGUGCGUUUUUCCUUUUUAACUGAAUGUCACGCAUUCUGUAGGGACUGAGAGGGAGUAUACAUGCAGACUUAGAGGAAAGAUUAAAACUUUCAUUUUUCAUCCGACAUGAGCAAUACACACCUUCCAUACGUUGGCUAGCUGCUAGUCACUUGGCAUCAGGUUGUUAUAAAACAUGAAAACCAGCAUUUUUACAGGAUGUAACAUUCACCAAAAGAAGACAAAAAGAUAGCAAUGCAGUGCCUGUUCAAGCUGUCCAAGUGUCUGUUGUAUAUAAUUGUAAAAUGUGAUAGACUUACUUUCAUAUGGGACAAGAAAAACACCCUCACACAGAACCGAAUGUGGCAAACUCAUGUGGAAAUAUGCUCGUUAUUACUGCUUUGAUGUUUUUUGAAGCUUCUUUUUUUUGUGUGUGUGUGUGUGUGUGUGUGAUUUAUUAAUUUUCAAAUUAUGUCAGCACACAAUGCCCACAUCAAGCUUAUUCAAAAUUUGAGAGGAAAUGUUCACUCUUCUUCUUUCUUAUCCUUUUUUUUUUUUUUCUUCGGGGGAUGGGGAGUGGGGCGGGAGGGGGGGGUCAGUGCUACAUUAAGUGCAGCCGAAAGAUGAAACAAUGUCUUUUCUUAAGAUUAGUCACCAGUUUUUCUCUGCAGGGCUGAUUUAUUUUUGGGUCUUGUGGCACUUUUACUUCCCUCUGCGCACACAUUUCUACUUUAUGAAUCAUGGUGGAAUUAUAUAUUACGAACAACAACAACAACACCAACAAAACAAUAUGUAAACAGUCUCCAGUAGUGAUCGUAGUUACACUGCAAGUGUGUGCAAAGGUCUAUGUAUGUAUCUGAAUGUACGUUUUAGAGGACUUUUUGGAAACCUUUUUUGUUUUUUAUCUUUUCAUUGACAGUUUAGGAGCCACAGGUGUCCGUUGUGAACUGUAUAGCGAAGGCCUUGAUAUCCCUUCUUUUAUUGAUUUUAGAAACGCCGAGCAUUAGGCGAUGCCUUCAAGCUGGUUACAUUUGGUGCAGGGGCUAAAAUUGCCACAAGAUUAAAAUCAGUGUAAAUAAAGGCUCAACUUUUUGUGAUUGUUACUGUUAUAUCCAGCCUAUACUGCUAGCAGCUGUUUUUACUGCAGUCAAUUACUGGAAGUGGAUAUAUUUCCUAUGCAAAACUGUUUAAACAAUAAAAUGAGCUAUGCUACAAAAAUG